CUCUCAUCACGAAUUGAAACUUGAAUCAAUCUCCUCUCUCUCUCUCUCUCUCUCUUCUCUCUCUCUCUUCAUCCAUGUAAAAAUUCAAAGCUUUGAAUUUAUACAUUUACACGCAGAGAUAUAUAUACAUAUAUAUUCUUUGAUAUAUGUAAUAUAUAUAAAUAUCUGCGUGUGAAUCGAUAAUGCCUAGCGUAACAGUGAAAUUGUACAGCGUCUUGUCCAAAUUCUUCCUCAAACGCAAGUUGCAGACCUUGAUCGAAUCCCCUACCCACAACCCUAACGGAAUCGUCUCCCGCCCCGAUGAGACCAUCGCCGCCGCUAAUCCCAGCUUCUCCGACGACGGCGUCGCCACCAAGGACCUCCACAUCGACCCCUUGACCUCCCUCUCGCUGCGAAUUUUCCUCCCCGAUUCCGCAAUCGUUUCCCCCAAAUCGAUCCCGGAUCUGAGGGUUAGGGUUCCCUCCAGCAGGAGUUUGAAGAAGGUUUCCGACAGCGGCGUUGUUUACGGCGGGUAUUCGCCGGAGAAGAGCGGCCGUAAUUGCCGUAAGCUUCCGAUUAUUCUGCAGUUUCACGGCGGAGGGUGGGUGACCGGCGGAAGCGACACCGUGGCGAACGAUGUGUUCUGCAGGAGGCUGGCGAAAUUGUGCGAUGCGGUGGUGGUGGCGGUGGGGUAUAGGUUGGCGCCGGAAAGUAGGUUUCCGGCUGCGUUUGACGAUGGGGUUAAAGUAUUGAAUUGGUUGGCGAAGCAGGCGAAUUUGGCGGAGUGCGAUCGGUCAUUUGGGAAUCGGAUGGUCGGAGGUGGAGGUCGAGGUGGAGGUGGUGUUAUAGGCGGCGGAGGAGGAGGAGAUGGCCGGAGGCGGCAGAUUGUCGACGGGUUUGGGGCAUCGAUGUUUGAGCCAUGGUUGGCUGCUCAUGCAGAUCCAUCUAGGUGUGUUCUUCUCGGGGUAAGCUGCGGCGCAAAUAUAGCAAACUACGUCGCAAAAUAUUCCGUAAAAGCAGGGAAGCUUCUCGACCCUAUAAGAGUGGUUGCACAAGUUCUCAUGUACCCUUUCUUCAUCGGAACCACUCCUACACCUUCCGAAGUCAAGCUCUGCAAUUCCUACCUCUACGACAAAUCAAUGUCGCUUCUCGCAUGGAAGCUUUUCUUACCCGGAGAAGACUUCAAUUUGGAUCAUCCAGCUUGUAACCCUCUCAACUCGGGCAGAGAAGUGCCCUUAAAGUACACCCCGCCUACACUGACAAUUGUGGCGGAGCACGAUUGGAUGAGGGACCGGGCGAUUGCCUACUCGGAGGAGCUUCGUAAGGUUAACGUGGACGCCCCUGUUCUUGAUUACAAAGACGCUAUUCACGAGUUUGCCACUCUCGAUGUUCUGCUCAAGACCCCACAAGCGCAGGCCUGCGCGGAAGACAUUUGUAUAUGGAUGAAGAAGUAUAUAUCUCUUAGAGGGCACGAGUUUUCGUACUGAACGAAUCGAACCCCGUUUCGCUUUCUAUGAAGGAGAGGAUUGAGAAGUUAGUGGAGAGAGACACAGCUCUUGUUGUAUAGAUUUCGAGGUAGUUUGUUUAUUCCUUUUUCUCCCCCCCUCUAUAUGCAAUUCUUUCAUGUAUAUUUUUUUUGUAGUUGGUUCGAGUUUGAAGGUAAUUAGUGAUGAGGGAUCAUUUUCUUUUCUUCUUUACAAUCCAUUCAUUUUUUUAAUGAGUAAAUGUGUGUUUGAUUUUUUGUAAGAAUGAUAACCUGUAGUAAAAUUGAGAUGGAUCCUGUCGAUUCAUUUGCAUAUGUUUGCUA